GGAGCUGCAGCUCUGGGCCUGCUGCGCCUGUCUCCACGGCAGAGCCCUGAGCGUCUGCCCAGCCAAGUCUAUCCGGCUGGAUCCCUAAGGAGCUUGGGCUCCUGGCCUUUCUCAGGAGGUAUACUGAUGACCACAUACAGAUGCUGAGCUCCCCAAGGCGCUGAAGAUCUCAGGCCGCAAGGGUGCUGCGGGCCUCCUAGCACCCCGGACGUGGGCAGUCUUCCUCAAGGCAUCCACCUGCACUAAGCCACCUUCUGAGAAAGCAGAGUCAACACACUGCCCCUUUCCUGCCCUCUGCCUUCCGGGGCAGAGCCUGAGGCUCCAGGUGAACCACAGGAACUCCAGGGCACUUCAGGAGAAGCCUGGGUCUUGGAGAAAGCUUUCCGAAGAAAGGGAGCCUCGCACCCUGACCCAGGGGACACAAGCAAAGGCCUGGAAACACACGUGAUUCCUCUCGGUAAUUGUCCUCUGAGCACACUGCUGCGGGAUGAUGGGCAGUCUGCCCAGCAGAAGGAAAUCCCUGGCCAGCCCAAGCUCAUGCCCCUCGGCCCCAGGCCCGGGCCCAGGCCCAGGCCCCACAUCCCUGCAAGCAGAAAAGAGCCAGGCUGCAGGCGUGGCCCUGGACAGCUUCCCAGCAGGCAGCCAGACCGAGCCAUCGCUGAGAUUGGGGGAACCGGUAACCAUCCUCUCUGAGGAUGGAGACUGGUGGACGGUGCUGUCAGACGCCUCCGGCCGGGAGUACAGCAUUCCCAGUGUCCUUGUGGCUAGAGUCUCCCACGGGUGGUUGUAUGAAGGCCUGAGUCGGGAGAAGGCUGAGGACCUGCUACUGCUGCCUGGGAACACUGGUGGGGCCUUCCUCAUCCGAGAGAGCCAGACCAGGAGAGGCUGUUACUCCCUAUCAGUCCGCCUCAGCCGCCCUGCCUCCUGGGACCGCAUCCGACACUACAGGAUCCAGCACCUCGACAACGGCUGGCUGUACAUCUCACCGCGCCUCACCUUUCCCUCGCUGCAGGCCCUGGUGGACCACUAUUCAGAGCUUGCAGAUGACAUCUGCUGCCUCCUUAAGGAGCCCUGUGCCCUGCAGAGAGCGGGCCUGCCUCCUGGCAAGGACACACCUCUGCCUGUGACAGUGCAGAGGGGGCCACUCAACUGGGAAGAGCUGGACAGCUGCCUCCUACUUGGUGAGGGAGUGGAGGCUGCAGGCCAGGAGUCUCUCCUCAGCGAGGGGCUGCGGGAGUCCCUGAGCUCCUACCUCAGCCUGACUGACCACAGCUCCUUGGACACUGCUGAAGCCCAAAGCAGAGGCCGGAAGGAGAGCCGAGGUGGCUGCACAUAGAACUCCUACGUGGCUGCACCGGACUGGUGCCGCAGAGAUGCUGCUGUACUGUGCAAUGGCCCAUGCACAUAUUGCCACACUGUUUUCAGAAGACUUGAAAUGCCACUGAUAGUUUUAAAAAACUGUGCACCUGACAGAAGACCGAGGAAGACAACUGAACGUGUUGUCAGGAUCCAGAGGCGCAGCAGCUAAAGCAACAGCUCCUAGCGUGCAGCCAGUGACCACCAUGUGCCAGCAUCCGGCAGGAAGGGUGGCGAAGGACUCACUCAGAAAUGCUUCCCAGAGGGGAACGGUUCCUUAAAAAGUCUUAGGGCACAACCCUGUAGUAGAGACGCCCGACACACUGA